AUGGCCGACGAGUUUCCUUAUGUCCUGUUCGUUCAGGGCGAAUGGGACCCCAAUACCCCCAAACUAAAAAACAAGCUCACCAUUUAUUUCCAGAGUAAAAAGUCUAAUGGGGGAGACUGCUGUGUGAAGCUGCUGGGAGGACAGAGAGCUACUGUCGCCUUCAAAUCUGAGGAAGUGAGACAAAAUGUACUUGAUAGAAUUCCACACGAGAUAAAAUUGGGCCAAAAAGUCAUACAGCUGAAUGUUCACCUCUCUCCAGAAGAGGCCUCAGCAGCUCAGGAAUCACAGUCUCCAAACAAGGAACAGCAACCAGACAUUCCACACUCCUCGGACACUGACCCCGUGGCUCUUAAGAGGAGGACAGAAGCUUGUCCUGAGCCAGACUUCAAAAAGCCCAGGCAUUUGGAUGCCAGAAGCCAUGAGAAAUCACCUUCCAAAGAUGAAGAGCCACCUAGUGACGAACCUCAGAGUGAGGAGUCAGAAGAGCAGGAGCCAACUGAAGAGAGUGAGGGAAGAAGAUCAGCUGUGCUGGAAAACAUCCAGAACAUGAAUCAGGAGUUCUUGGUUAUGCUGGUGGAGAACAUCAUCAGAGAUGCGCCCGAGUCCAAAGAAUUCAGCAUUGAGGUCAUCCCAGAGAGCAACUGUGCUGUGGUCACUUUCACUAGCAGAAAAGGUGCAGCAAACUUCAUUCUGUCUUGCCCAGAUAACAGCGUUUUCAGGAAGAAAGAUCUGACUGUCAGAACUCUUGAGAUGACCACUAAGGUGAAAGUUGAGGACCUACCAUCAAACCUGAACUCCGACCACAUUAUGCUGUAUUUUGAAAAGUAUGGGGAAACAGAUGGUGACGUGGUGAUGCUUGAAGACGGACAGUCUGCCAUCAUUUCUUUUGAAGAUCACACAGCUGUAAGCACAGUUCUCAGAACACAACAUCAGAUUAAAAAGCAACCUCUCAAAGUAUUCCCAUACCAUGACUCACUGGGAACAGCACUCUAUGGAAAAGACAGACCCAUGCUGAGACUCCCAGAAAUCUUCACAGAGAAUAUUGAUAUAUCUAUUGGGAAAUAUCUCCAAGAAAACCGAGAAAAACUGGACCUGAUCAAGCAAGAGAUGUGCAAACAUUACUGUCAGCUGGAUCUUCAAGCCUCAUCUGUGAAAAUUAUACCUCUAGCUUCUCUACUUCAGCAAGGUUCCCAGACGAGAAAGCUCAUUCAGGCAUGGAGAGAGAAGGCCUCUGCUGAGUUUGCUGCUGAAAUGUCCAAAUAUAAAUCAUUAGAGAUCAAUAUUCUGAGAGAUGCGUGGAGUGAGGCGGUGGAAGAAAUCCAAAAGACCCUUUGUGCUGAACCUGUGACCCUCGUCCUUCAGGAAAAUCAAGCAACAGUGAUUCUUGCGGGCCUUGCAGAAGAUGUAAGCAGAACUAGAGAUGCUGUGAAUAGUGCGACUGAUAGCAUAACUCAAAGAAUCCAAAGGGAAAAGGGCAGCAUUACAGAUGAGGUCAGCAUGGCUUACUCCAUUUAUGAGAUCGUCAGGCUAGGUGGUGUUGAGCUGGAAAUACAAAGCAAAUUUCCAGAGAUGGAGCUGAAUUACCACUCUCACAGUCAAAAGUUAGUUCUCUAUGGUCUAAAGCAAGAAGUACUGGAAUCAAAAAAUAAGAUUCUACAGGAAAUCAUUGGCCUCAGUCGGAGAGUGGUGGAACUCCACCCAUCUAUACUGGAGUUUCUGACCAAGAGGGACAAGGAGGAUCUCACUAAUGAUUUAUUCUUAUCCAGAGGAAUCAUUGCAUCCUUGGAGAUAAAGGACAAUGUCGCAUCGCUUAUCGCCAAAACUGAGAAGACAUUGAAGGAUGGUGAGGAACAUUUGAAAACAGUGUUAAUCUAUAAAUGCCUUGAUGUGGAGGACCCCAGUGUGAUCAGGAAGGCAGAAUGGCAAGAUCUCAUUACUAGCUUAAAUAGCUCGUUCAAUUCUCCAGUAAAGGUUGUUUUAAUAAACACAUCAGGCAGCCAAGUUACAGUUUCUGGUUUUGCUGAUGCGCUUGAAUUAGUCCUGGAACAGCUGACUGAUUUUCUUGAGGCCAAUUCUAGCAUUACCACAAGCCUUGAAGCAGACGGGAUUGUUAUCAGAUUUAUCGAGGAGCACAGAAAGCAGGACUGGUUUGAAAUGGUGAAAAACAAAGUGAAUGUUGAUUUCAAAGAUGACAAAAUCUCAUUGAAUGGCCCAAGGGUUCAUAUCUCUCAGUGUAAGCCUGUCUUUGAGGACCUACUUUCCACUGUUUACCAGGGCAACUUGAAAGUAGCUAAGCCUGGUGCCAGGAAGUUCUUCAAGAAGAAGGAGACAAUGUACAUUUCUGAAGCCAAGAACAAUACAGGAUGCUUGGUGGAGUUAGUAGAUGAGGUUGAGGCUGGUGGUGCCAGUGGAAAGAAAGGUGUCUUUACACCUGAAGGAGUGGAGAUUGUGGUCAGCAAAGGGGAUAUGUGCUCUUAUACAGUAGAUGCUGUAGUUAAUGCAGCCAAUGACAAGCUGGAGUUUAAUGGGGGUCUGUCAAAGGCUAUUUCUGAUGCUGCCGGACCACAACUGCAGGAUGCCUGUCACCAGAUCAUUAAAGCAAGAAAAAAGCUGAACAUAGGUGAAGCUGUUGUCACCAAGGCAGGAGGGCAGCUAUGCUGCAAGUUUGUCAUCCAUGCAGUAGGACCACAAUUCGAUCAGUCUAAUCGACAAGGGUCUAUUCAACUUCUGAAAACAGCUGUGAUAGGUAGUCUGAAACAUGCUGAGCAGCAGACCUGCCAUUCUAUUGCAAUACCAGCCUUAAGUUCUGGAAACCUUGGGUUCCCAUUGGACCUUUGUGCAGACUCCAUUGUUGAAGCUAUAAAAGAAUUCUGUGAGUCUAAGAGUGGAGGCUUUUGUGUAAAGAAGAUACACCUUGUUGAUAAUAACGACAAGACAGUCGAGGCUUUAGAAACUGCAGUGAGGAACGUGUACGGGGAAAGUUCCACCAUUCAGAGAUUUCCUUCCAGGAGCAAGCCAAGCCAGCCUCAGCAAAACACAAACGUAUCAAGUUUACCCCAGUUCUCAAGCCAAGGUUUACCCCAAAGCAUUAAGACAAAGGAGGGACUGACCAUUACACUUUCAAAGUGCAACAUCGAGGACACUUCGAUGGAUGUGGUUGUAAACUCCGUAUUGACUGACCUGUCCCUUAGUCAUGGAGCCAUCUCGAGUGCCAUCCUUAACAAAGCAGGGCAGCAGCUUCAGACGCUUUUUAAUCAACAGGCCACAGGCAAAGUAAACGCUGGGGCCGUUUUUGUCACUACUGGUGCUAACCUCAAAAACAAACUGGUUUUCCAUGCUGUGUCUCCUCACUGGAAUCAGGGACAAGGUCAGGAACAAAAGAUACUGGAAGGCAUUAUGGAUAAUUGUUUAGGACAGGCAGAGCAGCAGCAGCAGAAGUCCAUUGUGUUUCCAGCCAUUGGCACAGGAAACUUAGGAUUUCCAAAGGCCCUGGUCGCUUCCCUUAUGUUGGAUUCAGUUCUAAAAUUUAGCAAGAAUAGAACUUCCAGUCAUGUGCAGGAAGUGAUGUUUGCUCUCUAUCCCCAAGACACUCAAACCAUCCAGGCCUUCACAACUGAGUUCAACAAUAAGUUCAACAUUCAGGUAUCCUCCACGCAGCAACAAAGCAAAGGUCCCUUGUCAAAGAUCACCUCAAAAUCAGGGACUUAUGAGACCACAGUGGGAGGCGUUGUGCUUCAGGUCCUGAGUGGCGACAUCACUAAACAGAAUACAGAUGUUAUUGUGAACUCCAGCAAUGAAAACUUCACGCUGAAAGCCGGGGUCUCAAAGGCUGUUUUGGAUGCAGCUGGUUCAAACGUGGAAGCUGAGUGCACACAACUUGGAGCACAGCCAAACCAAGGGCUGAUAAUGACUCAGCCAGGAAUGCUGCAGUGCAAGAAGAUCAUCCACAUUUCAGCAAAGAGUGAUCCUGCAACCAUCAAACAACGUGUCAAGCAAGUGCUUCAAAUGACAGCGCAGCAAAAGCUCACCUCCAUUUCUUUCCCUGCACUUGGCACAGGUCAGGGUGGCGCAAACCCAGGACAGGUUGCAGACAGCAUGCUGGAUGCUGUGGUGGACUUUGUGACACAGACUCCACAAUCGUCCAUCAAACUGAUCCGUAUGGUGAUCUUCCAGGCCCCCAUGUUGGCAGAUUUCCACCAAAGCAUGCAGAAAAGGGAAGGAGGCAGUGACAAGCAAAAGAAAGAAGGAGUCUUCUCAAAAGCAGCAGCAUUUGCUAAGUCAUUGUUCACUGGAUCAAAGGAUAAAGGUGACCAGCAACAGAAAGUAAAAGACUUUGUGAUUGAUGGGAAAGUGUUGAAUCCGGCUUGCUUUUCCAUCUGUGGACCUUCCCGAGCUGCAGUGGACCAGGCCAAGCAGUGGAUAGAGAAGCUCAUCUCAGACGAGCAGGCAUUCGAAUCGAUCUCUGAUCCAAUGAUCCUUAAUCUGUCUGAUAAAGACCAACAACGAAUUCAAGAGCUGCAACAAUCCAAGGAUGUCAGUGUGAGAGUGGAGCACAAGACUCAGGGGGCGGGGUCUGAUGACACCACCAUUCUGGUGGAAGGCCUCAGCAGGGAUGUUCUGAUGGCUGUCAGUGAGAUCCAGACCAUGCUUAGAAAAGCCAGAGAUGAUUUUAGCCUGAAGAAAGAUAUGGAGUUUGCAAGUGAGAUGGUAGAAUGGCAAUACGAGCAGAGUGGCCAGUACCACAGCUUCGAUCAGCUCACGAACUUCAAGCUGGAACAAGCUUUAACGCUAAAGUCUCCUCAUGUGGACAUCACCGUGCAAGGCCAAGCAUACAAAGUCACAAUGCCAGAGGGUCCUGCUGUGAGCGCUGUUGGUGGUAAUCAGAUGAACAUCAAGCGUAUUGAUAAAUUACAAGUUCCAGUCAUUGAUAGCAUCCCACAGGAUUGGGAGGCAAUGGCAGCUAAUGACCUGGUCAAAAUGUGUCCACUGAAGACUGGCAGCAAAGAGUACAAUGAUGUCUUGGGCCACUUUAGGAACACCUGCCCCAAUAAUAACAUUAUUCAGAUUGAACGAGUUCAGAAUCCUGGAAUGUGGAAGAAGUACCAGAGUAACAAGCAAAUUAUGGAAAUUAAGAACGGCCACCAGAACAAUGAAAAGAGGCUGUUUCAUGGAACCAGAGAGGACUCAAUGAUGCAUAUCAAUCACAGUGGUUUCAACCGAAGCUAUGCUGGAGUAAAUGCUACGGUGUAUGGAAAAGGCACUUACUUUGCACUUAAUGCCAGCUACUCUGCAAACAACACCUAUUCAGUUCCAAACCAGCAAGGACACAAACGCAUGUAUCUGUGCCGGGUCCUCACUGGAGACUACACAGUUGGAAAUUCUUCCAUGUUUGUCCCUCCCCCCAAAUCUGCCAACAGUAUAGUCCUCUAUGACACUGUGGUGGAUAGGCCUAAUGCACCAACCAUCUUCGUGGUGUUCCGCGAUGACCAUGCUUACCCAGAGUAUCUAAUCACCUUCACCUAAACUUUUUUUAAUUUUCAUUGAACAGGUCUUAAUCAUACUAUCUGCCUAGCGUAUUUAUCUUAAAAAUUGCCUGAAUGCCUUAAAAACUAGAAAUGGCUGAAAUGUCAACACAGCCAGCUCAGGACUAAGCACCUAUAUUGAUUUUGCUGUUUUUUUAUUUUAUUUUAUAGUUACAUUUAAAAUACCACUAUUUAAUUAUGCAGAUAGGUACAAGAUAGAACUGAUUAACGAACCUGUUAGAGAAUUCAUAUUUUUAUCUGUCCAAAACUGUAUAAGUGCCUUUAUUUUCUGACUGCUGCUAUAAUUUGUAGCUUUUUCUUUCAUAGUUGUAAUUUGAGCCAACAAGCAAAGCACUUCCUGUACUUGGAUUAUGACUCUUAUACCUCUCACAGCAGGCCUAAGGUUCUCCACAAGGGGGUGUUUUAAGCAUUGUAGUAGCUUAUGGUAAUUUGUAUCAAUGAUUUUGAGUGUAAAAUGACUGAUUAUUGAUGAUUUGCGUAAUACGUUCUUUUUAAGUGCAACACUCUUUACAAAAAGCUUUUGAGCUAUUUUUUUACUGAACAGAUUGGAGGGUUAGGUGUGCUCUGCAUAUUCCUAAACUCAACAGUCUGCAUUGCCUCUCAACCAAAAAUAUACAGGAUGUCUCAAAAAGGAAAAACACUUUUAAAAUAAAAGCAGUUUGGCCGGUCACAAUCUGUGGAUAAAGGGGACAAUUUUAUUUCUGACCACCUCUCAAGAUCUGCAAUAUUAUGAGCUGGGCACAUAUCUAGGCUAAAAACAUGACCAACGGAUACAUAUCUAUCUACAUCCAUCUUCAUCUGAAAUCAGUCUCUAAUAGUACCUAAUUUUGCUAAAUGCUCUAUUGGAUGCCUUAGUUUUAAAGCACUGUUCAACCACAAAUUAAGUCUUUGGGACCUCAGGACACUUCAAUAAAAGUUAAAAACUUC